CCGAUGCUGAUGCGUUCGUAUCGUACGGCGGACCGGCGAGAGAGCACGGACAGCGCACAUCGCACUCGCAACGCGCGCAAGCCACGCAACACAGCUCGCUCUCGUUCGCGCUGCGCCGCCUCGGCCAGUCAGCGACGGUCGUCGUCGGUGCUCUCACGGUGGUGUUGUCGCCGUAUGGCCAUGCAUCGUCCCGCCGACCUGGUCACGAUCGCAGGAGUACACAUCGUCGUUCGCCGAGUCGCCAUCCCCGCGCGAGCGGGAACGAGCGGCCCACCCCGAGCUGAGCAACAGGCGACACGUCCCGUUGAACGUUGCGGAUCUAACACUUGGCACGGAGGAUUAUCGCGUCGAAGGAACGUCGAUCGAAAGUCCCUGGCAAUCGUCGUUGGCUCGGAUCGAAUAAUCGCACGGUCAAAGUACGGGAUCGCUUUCCCGCAAUCGCUUCGCUACGAAAAAUUGUCACGGAUUGGACAUUUAUCUGUUUCCUCGCCGGACUCGUAAAGAGAGUCUGUUGCGCGUCUGAAAAAUAUAUCGGUAAAAGACAAUCACUUGCGAUCGUAGCCGACUUUCAUCCCGGCCGAGACACUCGCACCCCGAGAAGUCGUUGCAGCGCACGCAGCGGGAGGACCAGGCGGUACCGGCACCGCCGCUAUUGCCGUGCCGCUUCCGACGGAGCGAGUCAGUGCUAAUCCUGAUUUCCGCGUGAACACCAUUCUCGCUUCUCGCCAUUUCGAGGACGAGUUUCACGGGGUUCGGAAUUGGUUCGCACCAGUCGAUGAUUCGUUAUUCGGUAGAGAGUCGCAGUAAUUUUCCACUGAUGAGGUGAAGUUUUGCAAAAGUGCCGCGUAUUUAGUGCAAGGACUGCCAAGGACAAAAACAAAAGGAUAGUGCGGUUCUUGAUUAUCGAAAUCCGAGUGGACAGCUUGUUGUACUUGUAAAGUGCCGUGCUGAUGCUUUUAUCGGUAUGAUUAUCGCGUUGUCGCGUUGAUCGUUUCGAGGUAUCAGCCUUACGUUUUGACUUCGAAAAAAGAGGCACAAAAGCAGGACGUGACCGCGAAGAAUCUCUCAUGUGUACGCAUUGCGUCAACGCAUCGCUGCAAUCGAGUCGCGACAUCGCGAGGAACACGCGACGCGAGUACUCUUUGGCAUGGUUACAUAAACCGGCGCCGACGGGACCGUUUGAGAAGUGAUUUUUUCGCGGGAGGAAGUGAGCACCGGCGCCUGCGGUUGCUGUCUCUUUCCACGCGACCGAGGGAAAAAGGGAAAAGCGAGAAAACGCCGCCAGACACGCGUCCAUUAUCGGCAAUUUCGUCGAGCCGAUCGCGCGUUCAAGAAAAUCCUGUUAUCACAUAAGGACACAUUUCUCCGACUCGGCACAACCGGCUAUCACGAAAUAGAUAUCCGACGGAAAGACGUGGGAAAAAUUUUCGACGCAAAUUCGAAGAAAAAAAACGACUUAAAGACGGUCGAUGACGGCUGAAUCCCGAUUGACAAUGACGGCCAGCGGCACUUGGCGCAAUUCAACAUCAUCGAUCAUCUCUCGACGCGGUGCUGUGCCAACGACACGUCGGGCAUCGACGUAGCGCGUUCGUCAAUUGCUAUUUUAUCGUCGUCGAGAUAGCGCACGGAGCGAUUCCUCAUUCACGGAGAGGAAUAAUUACGAAAAGACAAGAUUCAGGCCUCUCCCUUCAGCGCGCGGAGCCGGAGGGCAGCAUUUCCAAGACGCGAUCGGAAGGAAGUAACGUAUAGUCCGAUCGGCCUCUCGGGAUCAUCGUAUAUCUCGGCGGUAAUGCGCGCAAAUUAUGCGUCUCGCGCUUCUCUCGGCGCGCGGAGGAACGGCGACUAGAGGCGAGAACGAGCAAGAAGCGGUGCGCGUUUACACUCCACGAUAAUCCGCCUGUUGCGCUUCCUUCACCCGCGAUCUUCCUCCCCCCUCUCGUUAAUGCGGUGAGAAACGAGUGCUUCGUGACCGCGAUCUUCGAGUUACUCGGAACUGAAGAAGCGCGCCCGUGUCAACGCGUUUGUUCGUGUUUAUACAUUCUCGAGUGUGUUGUAAGCGUGCCGUGCGAAGACGCUCUGUUGCGCGUCGCCUUUGAAAUUCGUCCCGGGACCCGGCUCGGUCUUUUCGUGAUCCAUGCGAGCCGAGAAAGUUCGCGGAAGCCCGUCAGCGAUCUUCCUGGAAACUCGGCGAAGCGGCCACGCGAUAAUCGUGCGUUCCGCCGGAGGACAUCGCAUCGACGCAACAUAGAGUAUUUUCAGUUGAUUUACAUCGAAAGUGAAUAGUGUGCGGUUUUCGAGUAAAACAUUGAAAACGUUAAGAAUUCGACGAAAGUUCUUAGUGCUCAAAGCGAAUGAAUUUUUCCAUCAAUUUUUUUUUCGAACAUUGAAGAAAAGAUUACGUGACAUUUUACGGCGUCCGUCAUUUGCUUAAAUCUCGGAAAGUAAACACGUUGACAAUAACCUCUCGAGAAGUUCCGUCGGCUAAUUUGUGCAGCGGUUUGCUCAUUUUUGCUUCACACGAGCCGCUCGCAAACAUCGUCAUAUCGGAUCCUCGCUCAAGAUCUACGAUUCUGAAAAACUGUGGAUCCCCACAAAGACUCGCUGGACAUUGAAGAGAACUUAACGUCCGUGCUGCUAUUGUGGAAAUUCAAGACGCAGCACUUCGACCGGAUUUUGCGCCACAGCCACGCAGGAAUCCCUGGUCGUUCUGAUCGGCGGCGCGGUAGCCAUGUCAUCGCCGGAUCGGCACGGCGGAUCAUCACGAGAAAUCGACGUGGAGCCGGGAGAGAGAGAACCAUCGUCGUCGGCCCGGUAAAUUUAGGGCCGCCGAGUAGCCGAGGGAUCGGUAACCGAGGGAUCGAUACGAGCGGAUCGAUCCACCAGCUCGCAACCUACGGCCUUCUUGCUGGCCUGGCCAGCUACUAUGCGAAUUGAAGCUCUCAGAACCCUCGUCGCGGUGGUUUGGCUGACCGCAGUCCUGUGCCCGCGGUUUAUUGCCGCCAACAAUCUGACUAUAUCCUUCUCUCAAAUACACAGAGAAGAAUCGUUCAAAAGACAUCUCUCUCGCCGGGCAGUGCCACUGGAGGAACCGUUGAACAGGCCGAUGACAAUUCGGGAAAUGCAAAUGAUCCUGCAUCGCGAAGGAGGCAAGGACGGCCACGCGGUCGACUGCUGUCCCACGAUAGAGGAAAUGAUCGAACCUAUCGGCGGUCGAAAUCGAAAUGACAUGUACGUCCAGCUCUAUCGGGACGGCGACAAUGCCCAGAGAUUCUACGAGUACUCCUGCAGGCCAGACGUCCUCGAGAAGCCGUGCAGGUUCGUCGACCGGAAGUUGAGCUACAUGUCGAGAUGCGUGCAAAAGUUUUCGUACACAUACGCUAUCGUCGAGAGCCCAAAACCGGAAAAAAAGGCUGAAAGUGAAGAGGAGGAAAGAAGAGAAGAACACAGAAAGAAUGAGCACCGAAAGGUUGAGCGUAUCGAAGAACAUCACAUUCCCGCAAUUCCAGGCAACAACAUGAGCGAGUCCAGGUGGACAUUGGACUACAUCAAAGUGCGAAGCGGUUGCAGCUGCGAGAUCAUGACAAAGCCGAGGAAAAAGAAAGCGACGACCAAGGCGAGGAAAGCGAAGAGCAAACAACGUCAAUGGAGGAACCACGAGUACGACUCAGAAACGUGAAAGCAUCGAUUCGCAUUCUAAUAAACGAUACAUUGUGUGUGUAAUUGUGUCGCGAUCACAGAGAGAUCGAUCACAGAGAGAUGCGCGUGAAGAGCGAAUGUGAAACUAUAAGUACAAGAGGGAUAUGCAGAUUAUUGCUGGAUCGUAGAACGCAAUGAAAACGUUACCAACGAUUAUAUCAUCGAUUUUCUGAUGACAAUUACAUAAUUAAUUUAUUAGACAUUAUCGCGGAUGUGGCGUGCCGUUUUGUGAACGACGCGUUUACCGUCAAUCAACCGAUUUGUCCUCUCCUUGGUGCUUCGUUUAUGAAUAUCUCUUUUUUAGUGUAUUUUAAAUAUUUCCUCCUAUUUAUUACCAAUUGCUUUCAUAGGAAAUUUUCACGAGUUCAAUAUACAUAUUAUAGAUUUAAAUAUAAAAUUAUUUUUUUAUUUUAAAUUAGUAAUCUUACUGCAGUGAAAAUUACAUUCAUUAACAUACGUAAAUCGAGAUACUUUCUACAGCGAAUAUAUUUAGAAUCAACUGAUGUUGCAAUUCGAGAGCAAAAUUUCAAGAUAUCAGGAUAUAGUUGCAUCAAUUUUUAAUAAGGCAGGUAUAUGUCUCGAUAUGCGUUUCACUUAAUUUAAUAUGCUUUAAUUUACUAAAUCUAAUCUUUAUUUUACCGGCGGCCAGUUUUUUUCAUUUUGUACUAUU